AAUGCACAGCGUAAACCUGAGCAAACCACCAGAGAAUAAAUAACCUUAGGACCAUUCAAUUUAAUUAUAUUUUGGAGUCUUUCGAGUCCCACAGUCCACGCUUUUAAUAUGGAAAUAUUACCGCAUAUUUUGGAGAGCCAAGCAUGUUAACAAUACUAGGCUAAUUAUUUUCUUAAAAUAGACUUAUUUUAAGAUUCAUCAUUCCAUACAAAUCUUUUUUUAUUGAGAAUGAGUAACGUUUGGAUUUAGACCGUUGUUGAUAUUUUUUAUUCAAACAGUAACGCAUUAGUAUAUAUAAACUAUACAACAAAGGUGUAUUAUCGAUUUUCAAGCCACAUGAAUUGUAUUCGUCUUUUCUUCAGCUUUUCAUCAGGUUUGCUAUUGCAGCCCGCUACUGAAAGCUACGUGACGAUGCAGUCAUCCGCUCUUCGUGGUCGCAUUGAGGACGCGUCAAAGUAGAAACUGAAAUUGCUGCUGUUGCAGUUUUUUAUUUUUUAUUUUAUUUUUUGUCAAGAUUCCUUUUAAUCGUAUUUUUACUUUUAAUAACUUUGAUAUUGCAUUCCGCUUUUUGGUGGAUUUCGUGCUUUACUUGCAGCCCUUGGGCAAACGGCUGAGAAACACGAAAUGAAACUUUCUGCCAACAUCAUCCCGAUUGUAGCUGUUCUCCUGCUUCAGUUUCCACCUGCUCAGAGUCUUCCUUCAUCCAGUGCAAACAGGACCUCUAGAGUGAUGCUGUUCCAGGAGGUGUGGGAGCGGAGCUUCUGCCGCACUAUUGAGAAGCUGGUGGAGGUGGUUCAUGAGUACCCUGGGGAGGUGGAGCACAUCUUUAGCCCUGCCUGUGUGCCCCUGGUGCGCUGUGCUGGUUGCUGUGGCGAUGAGAAGCUGGAGUGCCACCCCACACACACCUCAAAUGUGACUAUGCAGCUGCUGAAAAUAAAGCCAGCGGGAGAGGGUCAGCAAUAUGUUGAAAUGACAUUUGUGGAGCACCAGACAUGUGAAUGUAGACCCAGGAAAGUCACACUGAGGAGUGGGAGGCGGAGGCCAAGAGGAAGAGGUAGGAAGAGAAAGGAAAGACAGAGAAUGAAAGAGUGUGACAAAUGUCAGCCUCCUCGCAGGUAACUGUAGCCACGCCCCUGUCGCUACCUGGUUCUCUAUUUAUUCUCCGUUCAGCGCUAAUAGCAGUCAGCAGUCUUCAAAGCACUUUUCGGAUAUUGUCUCACACUCUGCACCGGGGGACGCACGUGCUAGGGUUAUUGCGGUGAC